UAUAGUCACCACACCAGCAAAUGUAGAGGUGAUGGAUGGAGACUUUGUGACUUUGUCUUGUAAUGCCACGGGAGUGCCUGUCCCCGUCAUUAAUUGGUACGGCCGCCAUGGAUUGAUAACCAGCCAUCCAUCUCAGGUCCUUAGGUCCAAGUCCCGAAAGUCCCACCUGUUCCGACCUGGGGACCUGGACCUGGAGCCUGUCUACCUCAUCAUGUCCCGAGCUGGCUCAAGCUCUCUGUCUAUCCAGUCAGUUACUCGGGAGCAUGCUGGGAAAUACACCUGUGAAGCUACAAACAAACAUGGCACCUCACAGUCAGAAGUGCUCCUCACAGUUGUUCCUUUUGAAACAAAUACGAGAGCAGAGUCAGUCACACCUUCUGAAGCUGCUCAGAAUGAUGAACGAGACCCAAGAGAUGGUUCUGAGUCCAGCUUGCUGAACUUGUUUCCAGUGAAGGUGCAUUCCAGUGGAAUGGCAUUGCCAGCAGAGAACAAUGCCUCCGUCCCCGAUGCUCCUAACAUCCUGAGCCCCCCACAGACCCACAUGCCAGACACGUACAACCUGGUGUGGAGGGCAGGGAGGGAUGGCGGGCUGCCCAUCAAUGCCUAUUUUGUGAAGUAUCGAAAGCUAGAUGAUGGUACUGGUGCAGUGGGCAGCUGGCACACGGUUCGUGUCCCAGGGAGUGAAAAUGAGCUGCAUCUGACUGAGCUGGAGCCAUCAAGUCUAUAUGAAGUUUUAAUGGUGGCUAGAAGUGCAGUUGGUGAAGGACAGCCUGCCAUGCUUACCUUUCGGACCAGCAAAGAAAAAAUGGCAUCAUCAAAAAACACCCAGGCAUCUUUUCCACCUGUGGGCAGCAUCCCUAAGCGGCCUGUUAUUUCAGAGGCUUCCAACAGCAAUUUUGGAGUUGUGCUUACAGACUCCUCUAGGCAUAGUGGAGUCCCAGAGGCACCGGAUCGGCCUACUAUCUCUACAGCAUCAGAGACCUCAGUCUAUGUAACUUGGAUUCCCCGGGCAAAUGGCGGUUCUCCAAUCACUGCCUUCAAGGUGGAAUAUAAACGGAUGAGGAGUAGUGAUUGGCUGGUGGCUGCUGAAGAUAUCCCUCCCUCCAAACUUUCUGUGGAAGUACGCAGUUUAGAACCAGGUUCAACAUACAAAUUUAGGGUCAUUGCUAUCAACCAUUAUGGUGAGAGUUUUCGGAGCUCGGCAUCCCGUCCUUAUCAGGUGGCUGGCUUCCCAAAUCGUUUCUCCAACCGCCCAAUAACUGGACCUCAUAUUGCAUACACAGAGGCUGUCAGCGAUACUCAGAUUAUGCUAAAGUGGACGUAUAUUCCAUCAAGUAACAAUAACACUCCCAUUCAAGGAUUUUAUAUCUAUUAUCGACCAACAGAUAGUGACAAUGACAGUGAUUAUAAGAGGGAUGUUGUUGAAGGUUCAAAGCAGUGGCACACAAUUGGUCACCUGCAGCCAGAAACCUCUUAUGACAUUAAGAUGCAGUGCUUUAAUGAAGGUGGGGAGAGUGAGUUCAGCAACGUCAUGAUCUGCGAGACUAAAGUGAAGCGUGUUCCUGGAGCUUCAGAGUAUCCCAUGAAGGAGCUGAGUACCCCUCCCAGUUCUUCAGGAAAUGGAGGGAACGUGGGGCCUGCAACCAGCCCUGCCAGGAGCAGUGAUAUGUUGUACCUCAUCGUUGGCUGUGUGCUUGGUGUUAUGGUCCUCAUUCUUAUGGUUUUCAUUGCACUGUGUUUGUGGAAAAGUCGCCAACAGAAUGCCAUACAGAAAUAUGAUCCUCCAGGAUAUCUCUACCAGGGGUCAGAGAUUAAUGGACAUCUGGUAGAGUAUACCACGCUCUCAGGAACGGCCCGGAUCAAUGGGAGUGUUCAUGGAGGCUUCAUCAGCAAAGGCAACCUCAGCAAUGGCUGUUCUCAUCUCCACCAUAAAGGCCCCAAUGGAGUCAAUGGCAUCCUGAAUGGAAGCAUAAAUGGAGGGCUUUACUCUGCACACACAAACUCGCUAACCAGGACGUGUGUGGAGUUUGAGCAUCCUCACCAUCUAAUGAAUGGAGGAGGAAUGUGCACAGCAGUCCCUCAGAUGGACCCCUUGGGAUGCCUUAACUGUCGGAACUGCCGGAACAACAAUAGGUGUUUCACCAAAACCAACAGUCCCCUUCCUGUGGUCCCAGUGGUAACCUCCUGUCCUCAGGAUGGCCUGGAAAUGAAGCCCCUCAGUGCCAUGAAGGUGCCUGUGUGUCCAGCUUCCACAACUCCUGAUUGUGGCCAGGGACCCAAGGAGAGCAUCAAGGACAGUAUGGUGGCAGCACCUACCCAGCAUACGUGCUGUCAGGACAACAUAAGUGACGUCAAUUCUGAUUCCACAGAAGACACAGCGGAGUUCAACAGAGGAGCCAGCAGUGGGCAUUCAGAGGCAGAGGAAAAAGUUCUAAGUUGGAAUCCCCUUAUUUUGUCACCUGUCUUGGAGGACUGCACUGAGAAGACAGCGUGGUUUCCUCCUGGCCUUCCUCUGGAUGGGUUAUCAUCAGUCCUUCAGCAAGCCCAAGAGACCUGAGGAUGCACACAGGCUUCUUGACACUCCCACUGCAAGCCAGCAACUGCACAGCACAGGCCUGGGGGCAAACUGUGUGAAGGACAUUAAUUCAAAUCAGAGAAAAUCAUUAUUUAUUUUUUGUAGCAGUAAUGUCAUGAAUGUAUCUUAAAAUGUGUGCCCUUUUAUAUUAUUUAUGCCUUAAGUUUUCCCUCUUCCAUUUCUUUCUUUCCCUCAAUAGGAACCCCCUCACCCUACUUUUUAAAUAUAGUUUUCAAUCAUCUGGAGAGGAGGGGGAUCAUUCUGUAUUUCCCAGAACCUUUAAUGGCAGUAGGAACUUGUGCUGGGUCCCAUCUUUUGGCCUAUUUAGUUGUGGGGAGGAGGACUGCCCAAGCCAAUUUGGAGUUUGCCACCAGUCAUUUCUAGAUGGAAAACUUUCACUUUUCCCAUGUUACCAGACUUUCUGGGAAGAUUUAGAAUUCAACUGUAGUUGUCAUCAUAUGUUUAUAAUUGCAAACUCAGCUGACAAAUUUUAUGACUGCUUUCCAGAAAAGGGCUAAUAUCGACUUAUUUUCUCCCUGUACCUGGGUAAAAGUAAUGAUCAAUUAGCCAGUGUUAUGAACAUGGAAGCAUGUAAGGUCUGGUUGGAUUAUUGCAUUAUGUAGAAAGGAAACCAGGUUCAGAAAGAAAAUUAAUGCCUUCAUGGUCCACUGCUUUAAUUACGUUAAUUUACAAAAUGGUCACCAUGGGCUCUUUGCACUAUUUGCAAGGGUAUGUACAAAAAAGACUUAAAGUGAUAGCUUGAAGAGAAAGAUAUUAUACUCCUUAGAAGAAAGAAGGGGGCUGAAGGGACCUAUUUAAGUGAAGCUCUUCAUUCUAUUCCCUCAUGCUCACGUUGCUAUACCAUUUGAAGAUUGUCAUUUUUGUCACUUCCAACAUAGGCAAUAUCCUGGAAGAUAGGAGUGAGCAUGCUUGAGUAAGCUUCUGCCAAUACAACAGAACACCUGAGGUGACUACCUUCUAAGUAGAAAAGGUUAUCUUGGCUCCCACUUUUAGACCUUUUAGUUUGUAGUUGAAUGGACCUGUGUUGAGGGAGCAUAUCAUGGUGGGUAUGCAUGGUGGAGCAAAAUAGCUUAUACUCUAAGCCAUAGGUAGGACAUGAAGAACAGGAGCAGAGUGUACAGGUCCUUCUGAGAACAUGCUUCCAGUGAUCUGAAGACUUCGCACUCGUCCCUUGUUCAAGAUUCUACCACCUCCUAGACAUGCUGCCAUGGGAAUCCGUACCGUAACACAUAGGCCUUUGGAAAACAGUAUCCAAACCACAGCAGAGUGUCAGGAAAGGCUUAGUUUGAAGAAUGGGUUUGUGAACUCAGGCUCUGGUCAGCAGGGUCUGUGCAUCACAGUUACUGUUCCCUGAGUGACAAGGACAUUACAGCUGCCUUUGGAAGGCUUUUUUUUUUUCUCCCUCCAAAUGUGUAAAACAGAAACCCUAGGCACUACAAAUGCAUUUUGUAGCUUGAACCAGGCCCUGAUGGAUCGCUGCUCUGUUUUUAGAUGGUGUAUCCCUUGGGAAACAAAACCAGAAAAUUAGCCUCUUUAUGUGGAAUCAAACAAUCCUAGGAUACAUUUUGCUUUAGUUUCCCACAAAUUGCAGCGAAAGUGAAUAAGAAACUGAAGUAAUCAACUCUACAUAAACUUGUCAGUAUUCCCUUACAUACGUCUGUAUCUUUUAUAAAUAGAACUGUUAGUGGAAAUGUGCUGUCUCAGCAGGACCACUGCACUAGAGUUACUCCUGUAGAGUGCGGUGAAUAGAAUUCCACAGCAGGGUAGAAGUGAGUUCUACGACCCCAGGGUUCGUGUCUGUAGUAGAAGAGAUCUGCAGUUAGUUUGGGAGGCAGCUAGCUGCUGUAGCCUUAUAUCUGUGACUUGCAAAGGACAAAGUCCUAGUGCACAGGACAUAGAGACACACUAUGUGUUUUGCCAGUUGAGUUAGAACAAAGCUGUCUCAGAGGGGAGUUCAGGAAAGCAGGAAGCAGUUGGUUACCAUGACUCGUGAAACAGGUGUGGUAGCAUGAGUCUUAGAUCAGAACUGCUUUUAAAGAUUGAAUUUGACAUGGGGCUUGCCCAUGAGGAAUAGAAAAAUGACUUUAUCUUUAGGGCAAUCUCCUUGUGGACUGCUUUAUUUAUGAUUAGUAACGCUGUUUUAAGUGUUAUCCCUUUUAUUGUAUUUUAUUUAUAAAAAUGGCUUUAUAUAUUGAGAUAUAUAAAUAUAAAUAUAAAUCUAUAUAAUUGCCUUUAGGAGUUUGAAUUCUCCUUAGUGUGAGUUUCUCUGAACUUUCAUGCCCUACACAGUCACCAGAAAUGGUCCUAGUGAGUGUCACUUCCCCUGGAAUCAAGAGGCCAUAGGAAAAUGUGGGCAUAGCGCGCAUUUGCGGAGAACUACUGUGUAUUUAGCUCCCUGUUUGUUCGUGUUCUCGCAUCCAACCCCACAGCAAACAAAGCAGGCAUGAAAUUCCGAGCUCAUGAGUGAGCUAGAGCCUGCUCUGGAGCCCAGUUUUCCUGAUCCACCACCCCUGCCUCCACUCACCUGCUUUGUGCAAGUGUUACGGUUCACUCUCUGUGGAGCCAGUCCAGAACACGUGCCGUUGUCCACCCCUGCUGCGUCCUUUCUCGGUGAGGCUCCGACUGCAGCUGGUGGGGCUUCCCUCUGUCUGCCCUCAUCCCAAACUGGCAGAGUUCUUUGCUGAGCAUUUCAUCUUUAAGAGUCUGUCCUUGACACCCUGUCCUUACCUUCACCCCACUCCUUCCCUCUCCCAGCCCUGUAGAGGUUUGGCCUUCAACAGGCUCAGUGACCAUGAAGUUGGUAGGGCCACUUCAUGUUGUGGAUUAAACUUAACCCAGUCCUAGUAAAUCAUGUCACCUCUCCCUGGUUGUGUUUUUCAAUUAUGUGCUGACUUUGGUGAAGAGUGCUGUACAAGGUAUAGGUUAAUUGUGUUAUUAUAAACUGUUGAAGUGACCUCAUUGUCAAAUAGUUUUUGCUGAGUUCUCUUUGUAUAGACUCAGUCUCUGAAGACCAAGGCAUCAUACUGGGCUGAUCACGUCACUUCUUGCCAGCAUCAGACUACCAAGAAACUAUUUGGAAUUGUCCUUUACCUGUAUUGCUUGCUCUUACAGCAUUGACUCUGAGGUGCAUGUUUUGUACUAUAUUGAAAAAAUGUUUUAUUUUCCUUAAAGUUGUGAUACUAUUUCUGAAAUUGUACAUACUCUAAAUGAUGUAGUUUUGGCAGGUUCUAUUUGGUUGAUAUGGUUUUAUAUUAAAACAGAAUGCUGCUUCCAUUCACACAAUAGCCUGUGAAGAGAGGUACCCACAUGCUCCUGUGUUCACAGGGUGGCCCUGUGGCUUGUGACUACGAUGUAUAAUUGUCCUAUUUGGAAAUUUUUCAGAACCUCCACCUUGUGGCUUUGCAAAUCCCUUGAACACCCAACGGCCCAGCCACCUCUCCCUUGUCCUGAUUGCCAGGACUAAGAGGGACCAGGACCAUGGGCAGCUGUCUGUGGGGGAGUCUGAAGGACCCAAAGGGAACUUAGCAUGAGAUAAACAGGAGGAUGGGAGAGAAGCAAAGCGAGAGGAGAUUCUUCUCUAUCUGCCUGUUGCUGCAGGAUCCUUGGAGUGUGGGCUUCAGGGUGGGAUGUUGCACUUCCAAAGCAACUUGCUUUACCGACCUAAAUAGUGGAAGUCACUCAUCUUCCCUGACCAGAAAAACAACAGAAUCCCAUCUGUUGGGUGUAGCCAUUUUGUAUUUCCCAUACUUAAAGAAACUGCUUUUAACUCUUAGGCCCCAUCCUGAGAACUGUGCAGAACGCUGAAACCCUUUUCUAAUAAAGCCUAAAUGUAAG